AUGAGGUUGUUGAAGACACAAUAUAAGGAAAUUGCUGAGAUGAUAUCGCAUUCCGCUUCUGGAUUCGGUUGCGAUGAUGUCAAGAAAUGUGUUACUUGUGAUGAUGAUGUUUGGAUUGGUUGGGUUAAGAGUCACCCAACUGUUGCAGGACUUAGAAACAAGCCUUUCCCUCACUUUGAUCAAUUAGCCAUUAUAUUUGGGAAGGAUAGAGCAACUGGGGAAGAAGCAGAGUUACCAACUGAUGCAAUGGAGAACAUAGAAAUUGAGGAAGUUGCAUUUGCAACAACAAAGGUAGCUUCAGAAGCUUUCAGUGCAUUGAAUGUUAAUGAAGAUGACAAUGCUGAUGAUGAUGUUUCUCCUGCUCAAGCUACCAAUAGUGAGGGAUCCAUUGCUGCUAGAAGAAGGACUAUAGAGCAAGGCGACAGAGAGAUGAGUCGCAAAAAAACUAAGACAAAAAGUAAUGGUGACAACAUUGUUCAUGCAUUCCAAUCUAGUGUGGAUAAAAUUGGAGAAAUCUGUCAAGGUGCAAGGGAAGGAAUUGAUAAAUUAGCAAGUUGUUUUCAAUUCAUGGCUGAAGAUGCGAGGUUGAAAAAGCAUGUAGCUGAGAUAGUUCAGGGAGUUGAAGGUUUGACUCUCGAAGAAAUUGUUAAGGCUGGACAUAUCAUCUUUAGUGAUAUGUGGAAGAUAAAUUAUCUAUUUUCAUUGUCAAAGGAGUUGCAGAAAAUUUAUGUGAAGGCUUUGCUUAGUGGCUUUAUCUAA